GUCAAUAGUGUCAACAAAGACAUAACCUCACAUUUUGUUUGAUUUGAUUUUCUUCUCAAAAAUAAAGUUAAAAUGUUCAGAAAUCUACUCAAUAAAGUAAUUACACUCUCACCUUCUUGUGGAUUUCACACAACUGCCUGUCUAAAUGAAGUGAGGCUGCUAACUCGACUGAGAGUCGUAGAUAAUUCAGAGAUAGGUAAACGAGCUAUGGCUGAAGGGAAACCGCCUAAAGUAAUAUGUGUUUAUAACAAAAAGCGAGUCGGAUAUAUCGGAGAUAAAGUGAUGGUCGCAAUCAAGGGUCAAAAAAAGAAAGGCAUCCUCGUCGGUCUGAAGCAGACGCAAAAGGUGAAGGUGCCGAAGUUCGACAGCAACAACGUGGUGCUGAUCGACGACAACGGCACGCCGCUGGGCAGCCGCGUGCACGUGCCCAUCCCUACCGUGCUGCGCACCAUCCUCAAACAGCGCACGCACGCCAAGGGCGCCGACUACACCAAGUUAUUAGCGAUAGCCACUAAAUUCAUCUAAUUGUUUAUAGCUUAAUUUAAGUAGGUAGUGUAAAUAAAUAAUUGUAUACUGUUACAA